UUAUUUUUAUGAUAGAAAACUGAUGUUGUAUAAUAAAAACAAUAUGAAAACUAUAUACCUAUCAUAAUAAUUUAUAUUUUUUAUUUCUUAUAUUAUAGGUAUUUUCUAAUGGCGACAUAAAGAUAUUUUCACUUGUUCUCCAUGCACAUUUAGCAGCAAUUGGUAUACGGUUAACACAUUACCGGAAUGGAGAGUACAUUGGAGAAAUUGCACGGGAUAAAACAUAUGACUUUAAUCUACAAGAAACAAGAUACCUACAAAAUCAUUGGACAGUAAAACCGGGCGAUGAUCUACUGGUAGAAUGCACAUACAAUACUAUGGACAGAGAAAAACCUACAUUUAAUGGUUUAGCAUCAAUGGAUGAAAUGUGUGUGGCGUUUUUAAUGUACUAUCCGAAAGCUAAUGCUGAUAGAUGUAUGAGCAAUCCUCAUCCCAAAAACUUGGAGACGCUUUUAAAUCUAGGUGACACGAGGAACAAAACAUUGCGUCAAGCUUUAGAAAACAUGGAGUGGACAAAUGAAAGGAAAUAUGCUGCCCGUAGAUGGUUCAUGACAUCCCGAGUGUUAAAGUGCACAAAUUAUUCUGCUAAUUCGGUGUUUCCUAAGUAUAAGAACAUUCCGGGAUACGGUAGUAUCGUAGAGGCGGAAGGUCUGGAUAGUCUCAUCGACUUUCAAAACCAAGCUGUUGAAGAGGACAAGUGUUCACAUGCCUUGAAUUUGAAAGCAGCAUAUCUGAGUGUUUUCGCUUUUGUAAUAAGUGUCUCACUAAUUAAGUAUCAUUCUGUAAAUUAUGUAUCAUUCAAGUAA